AUGGACAGUCCGACCAAUGAGCGGCGCGCCCAAUGGUAUAAGGAUCUCAACUUUGGCGGCGUCAGCGACUGGGCCGUCGACCUGCAGGCCGAGUGCAAGGCUAAUUCCGAUUCGAACGUCGAUAUUGACGCUAUGGACCCCUCCUAUAAGUGCGAGCUCAAGGACUAUAACAACCUCGAUGGCGUGAUCACGGACGCCGACAAGUCUUUGGGAGAGUGCGUCGCUAUGAACGCCAUCAGGGCUUUCCAGAGGAUGAUCGACAAGUCCAUGAGCGGCUACGACGACGUCUUCGGCUUCUAUCGCAACUUCAUGCACGACACACUGAGCGAGCGUCUCUGCGGCAUGAUGAUCGACGGCGAGCAGCCAAUUGCCGGCUUCUUCGACUGCUACUACACCGAGGGCGAAGUCGGUGAGCGCAAGGACGCCAGCAAGUACGACUGCAAAUCCGCCCAACGAGUCGACUUUGGCAAGUACACGCAGGAGUUCCGCUACGAGCAGACCUCUGGCGGUAUAGGCAUGUGCUUCAACUUCGACAAGGUGCACUGGGGCUUCCCCGCCGGCAAGCCGGACUUCGAGGUGCCGAACCCCAAGACCGUAGUGGACAAGGCGCGUAAGAACUUCGACACCAUAUGGACCUAUCCGGCCGAUGCCGUCGAGGUCCUCGCUAUGCCCGUGUUCCUCCUCGAGGACGCCGUAGAGUCGAUAAAGGAGGUCAAGAAGAUCGGUCAGGACGAGCAGCGGCGGAGGACCAAGCACCUCACCCUCAAGAUCGUCGAGGGCAUCCUCUUCCUUAUCCCCUUUGUGGGCGCCGCCAUUGGCAACCUGGGCCGCAAUCCCGAGAUAGCACCCGUCGCCAUCCUUGCCAUGGUGCUCGGCGGCCUCGGCGCAGGCGGCACCCGCCGCGCUCUGCGCUACCGCGAGCUCUCCAUCGUAAAGGGCAAGCUGAGCCCACAGCAGAAGACCAAUCUCGGGGCCUCGUUCCGAGCGAACAAUCCCAAGGUCGAGUUACUCACGGGCAAAAUCUGCCCUGAGCGCUAA